CAUGUGAACUUUUUAUAGCUGGUUACCAAUGAAUAAUACUGCUAUGAAAUAAUUUCUCAUUCAUUUUGAAAUUUAGCUAAAAGUAGAAUGACUUGAAUAAAUGUUCUUCCAGUCCAUACCUUCUCCUCACAUAUCAAAAAACUUCAUGGCAUUAGUAUUUGUAAUAUUCUAAAGAAUGUAUGAUUCAUUUCUUCAAAUAGGUGUAGUCUGUCUUUUGGAAGAAUACCAUGAUACUUCAUAAUGGCAUUUGCACCCCCCAAAAACACAGAAGCACCCAAAAUGCAGACGAAGAUGAGCACCUGGACACCUCUAAAUCACCAACUUUUGAAUGACCAGGUUUUUGAAGAAAGACAAGCUCUGCUGGGAAAAUGGUUUGAUAAAUGGACAGACUCUCAAAGGAGAAGAAUCCUGGCCAGCUUGCUGGAGCGCUGUUCCCUGUCCCAGCAGAAGUUCUGCUGCCGGAAGCUGCAGGAAAAAAUUCCAGCCGAAGCCGUGGAUUUCACUACCAUACUCCCACGCGUGUUAUCCAUCUACAUCUUUUCCUUUCUGGACCCCCGGAGCCUUUGUCGUUGUGCCCAGGUGAGCUGGCACUGGAAGAACUUAGCUGAGCUGGACCAGCUGUGGAUGCUCAAAUGCUUGCGGUUUAACUGGUGCAUCGGUUUCUCCCCGACUCCCUUUGAGCAAGGGGUGUGGAAGAAGCAUUAUAUUCACAUGGUGAGAGUACUUCAUGUCACCAAGCCCAAGACUCCUCCGAAAGAUGGAUGGAGCAUUGCUGACGUGCAGCCCGGGACGAGUAACUCUUCAGAAGGAAAGCACUCUCCCUCAUCAGCCUUCCGAUCGGCCUCCUCUUCAAACAAGAAGACGAACCCAGGAGAGAAGGCGCUCCCACCUUGGCGAUCCUCCGACAAACAUCCCACUGAUAUCAUUCGUUUUAAUUAUCUAGACAAUUGUGAUCCUGAGCUUGGCUGGCAAAGGCAAGAGGCCCCAAAUCCUACUAACUUCUUCGUUUAUCAGAAUCAGUUAGCAGAAAGAGGAAGGAAAAGAAAUGCAGUGACCCCAGACUUCAGCCGACGUUCUCAGAAAAACCAGCUGCAGGACAGAGCUAGACUAAGAAAAGCACAGUCACUGAUGUCCCUAAGUGCUGGCCGCCCUCUGAAAGUUCCAGCUCAUCUUGCCUGGCUUCCGCCUUCAUCCCUGGGACCCCCAGCCCCUGAAGCAGCCCGUGACAUUCCUGGGCAGCACCUACAAAGACCUGCUGGGCUGCAGUCCCACCCCAUCCUGGCCCCCGAGUAAGAGGAUGGAAGACACAGCAAGGAGCUAGGGGGUGUGAGACUCAGGAAGGACUCGGGGAAGGACAAGCUGAGGCACGGGGCACGCUUGGGUCCCGCCUGGCUCCUCCAUCGGAAACUCUCUUGGCUUCAUACUUGGUUGUGCAAGUGAGUCUGACAGUAUUUCAGGGGAAAAGGAGUUCAUGGAGUCAGUGUUGGCAUUGUACUGUCUUCGAAAUGGCAUCUUAGAGAGCUAGGCACCGUGGGGUUAAAGAAGGGACAUCUGAUGGUACCUCUGGUUGUUCUAGCUGCUGAGGAACAUCCCAGAAGGAAGUGAUGAUGCAGCCCAAGUCUCUGCGCACAUUCAAAGCGGGUAUCUAUCAUGGCGUCAUUGUUUGCUAGGGCUGUUCCACGACGGGGUGGCUUCAACAAUACAAGUUCAUCUUUCCACAAUUCUAGAAGCUGGAAAUCUAAAACCGAGUCAUCAGUAGGGCUAGUUUUUUUUUUUAAUCUUUCUUUAAAUUGUUAUUAUUAAGUAGUUGUACAAAGGGGUUACGAUUCCCCAAGUCAGGUUAUGAGGACUAUGCUUCUUGGUCAUUGUUGUGCCGUCCUUCAUUCUUCCCCCUUUCCGCCUCCCAUACCUAUCCUCAAGUUACGCGGCUCAUUUUUACAUUCCCUAAAGCACGUUUCUUCUUCCUGGUAUUCAUUUUGAUAGUAGAUUUGUUGUUCAGAAGAGUUACGCCUUUGGAUCCCUCCCCUAU